AAACCCAUAGAACCAUUUUCCAACAAAUUGAACCAUCUAAUGAAGGCUAAAACAGUCAUUCUGUAACUUCUUCCUCAAAAUCACAAAAACAGAGCUGUACAGAUCAUCAUCAUCACCACCAAGAACUCCCUCUAUGGUUCCCAACUUUCUAUGUUCCUUCAAAACAUAGCCAAUUCUUUCAUCGGUUUAGUUUUUCUUUUCUUUUUUUUCUUUUUUUUUUUCAGGGUCUUUGUUCCUCUCUAGAUAACACCAUUUCCAGCUCACCCGCUUAGAUCGGAUCUAUUCUCUGUCAACCCUCCCGUUAGUUUCAUCAUCCCCAGUAAAAGAAAAAAAAAAAUCACAAAAACCGAAAACACGAAAAAGAAACAAUUUUUGUUUAUUUUCGUGAAAACCCAAGAGAAAGCCUCAAUCCCAUAUGCUGAAACAAUAACGGGGUUGUGUUGCUGACCUUCAUUUCUGAACUGGGUAGGUGUUAAAUGGGCAAUGUGACGUCGAGCGUGGCUGCCAAAUUCGCUUUCUUUCCACCAGACCCGCCAACCUAUGACAUAUACAGGGAAGAGGAUGGGAGGCUGGCGUUCCCCGGGGUGACGCCGGACAAGAAUGUGGACGUGCAUUUGCUGGACACCAAGGGCGGGAACAAAAUCGUUGCCAUGCUUUGGAGGCACCCUUUUGCGCGGUUCACGUUGCUGUACUCGCAUGGCAACGCUGCUGACUUGGGUCAGAUGCACGAGCUCUUUAUCGAGCUUAGGGCUCACCUGCGUGUCAAUAUCAUGAGCUAUGAUUAUUCAGGAUAUGGAGCAUCGACUGGUAAGCCUUCUGAGUUCAACACCUAUUAUGACAUAGAGGCUGUGUACAAUUGUUUGAAGAGCGAAUAUGGAAUUAAGCAAGAGGAUUUGAUUUUGUAUGGCCAAUCUGUUGGAAGUGGACCAACUGUGCACUUGGCUUCUCGGUUACAGAAGUUGAGAGGUGUUGUUCUUCAUAGCGCCAUUCUUUCAGGCAUACGGGUGUUAUAUCCAGUCAAGAUGACAUUUUGGUUUGACAUUUUUAAAAAUAUAGACAAAAUACGGAAUGUCAGCUGUCCAGUUUUAGUUAUACAUGGAACAAAUGAUGACAUUGUUGAUUGGUCCCAUGGAAAGCGUUUAUGGGAACUUUCCAAGGAAAAAUACGAUCCCUUAUGGGUCAAGGGUGGGGGGCAUUGCAACCUUGAAACUUAUCCCGAGUAUAUUAAGCACUUGCGCAAGUUUGUAAAUGCAAUGGAGAAACUCUCACUCACAAGACCGACGAAACAACUCACUUCUAACUCAAGCUUUACAGAAGACAGACACAACAAGUGCUUGAGAUUUGGAAAACGAUAGCUGGUUCUUUCUCAUCAUUUGAUUAUUAGAGAAUCGAAAUGGAUAGGCUCCUUUUUUCUCCAAGUAUAGCUAUGCUUGCGCGCUUCAUGGACCCGUUGUUCAGCAAAUAAGCUGUUUGGUUCGGUAAGUUUCUUGAAAUCGCAAAAUGAUAGAAAUCAUAUAUAAUUUGUUUGAUCCAGAUCCUGUCCAGCAACCAUUUUUGAGGUAGCAAUCUGCUGCUGUUGUUUUUCCCAUGAGAAGUGCAAAAAUUGAUAUCAGCUAGUCCCAGAGACUGUGCUUGAUCUGGAUUUCAUGUAUAAUUAACAAACUUGAGCUUUAUGUAAAGACUAUCAGCAGUUUCAGAAAUGAAAUACAUGUGUUUGUUUCAUUUACU